UCUUUCUCAUUUACAAGUGUUUUCUUUUAUGCUUUUUGACAGUUGUAACGUAUGUAUAGAUUCUUUAUAUACUUAUCUCUGGUUUAUUGCCAUGAGCUAAAUCUGGAUUUUUUUUUUUGUUUUUUCUUGAAUUAAGCUUGGUUUAGGAGCUAGUUUUGAAUCCAAGUUUUGGGUUUUCUUUGUACGCAUGAGUUUAAGGGGUUAUUGUAAAUUUCCUCAACUUUUGACCUUUGCUUGCAUGAUUGGAUGAUACAGAGAUCUGGGUAUUCUUUUAUUGUAAAUUAGGUUUAGCUAGCUGAGCGACCAAGUUUUUUGUACGGGUUGUUGUUUAGUGUGUUUUGUUUUUGUGGGAUCAUUCAUGAGAAUUGGGAAUUAUAAGGUUUUGAUUUAUCUUUCGCAGUUGGUCAUGAGUUGGCUGGUUUAAUGAAGGUUUAGAGAGUUUUUAUGGUUUCAGUGUGUGGGACCCUGAAAUAUUUUUUUCAAGGCAUAUAAUGUUCCAUUUCUUCAACAAGUCAUGGCUUUACCAAAAUGAAAUAUCCUUUAGAUUAAGAGUUGCUAGGUGACGUAAAACUUAUUCCCUUUUCUGGAGUUUAGUCUAAUUAAAAAUCUAAAAAAGUGACCACAGCUUUCAAUGCUGUUCAAAAGUAUGAAAUAGAAGUAUUUGAAUAGUUUCUAUAUGAAGUUCUUGUAUGUUUGCAAGUUCACCAUUUUUAUCACAUGCUGUUUACUUUGCAAUGUAAACUUGGCGGGGCUUAAGUAACAAGUAAAUCUAAAAUCAUUUCUUAUUUUCAGUGAUUUAUAUAUUUCUUCCCUCCUUUUUGUAUACUGCACAUUUUCAUUGAAACUGAUUUCUCUUUCCUGUCUUGUUUUCUUGAGCAAGAUCAACUUUCACCGAGGCAGGUCAUUUGGAGAUGGCUACCUAUUGGUUCCGGGGUAGAAUGUGAGGGAUGGUGUUUGCGAAAGAGCUUAUUCGAAGAGGUUAUAACUUCGUCAGAUUGUCAUCUUCCAUUCCUGAAUAUGGAGGAUGAGAAUGGGCUCGAGCUUAGUUUGGGUCUAGGUUGUGGUGGAUCAUCUUCCAAAUCCAAAGGUAAAAAUGGCAGCUCUUCAGAUACUAGGAUGGAUAAAGGUGAUAGAGGCAACAAAUUGGUAGAUGAUUUUAUAAAUUUUCUUCAUGGUACUACUACCCAGAAGCAAGAUUCAAGUGCUAGAUCUCAAAGAAGUGAUUCAGUGAAACCUCAAGAGUUCUUUAAUGACCUUACCAAGAACAAUGCUGAAGCAGAUGCUUCUAUUAACUUGAACAGUAGGGGGCUGUGGGUUUCAAGCACUAAUAGAUCUGCAGAAAAUGAUGAAGAAAAAAGACCAGACCUGGGUAACAAGCGUAAACUAUUUUUUGAUGAGUUAAAUAAUCAGAAGAAGCACGAGAGAGAUGCUCAUCAUGCUGAUUUACAUGACAAGAAAUCACAUUUUUUAAUAACCACAGAAGAUGGCUCAACUGUGAAACAGUUUAUUGGAGUUGGAGGUCCGCCUGAGGCUACAAAGGAGGUUCGUGGAUUUUCUGAUUCAAGUGUUGUGGAGUUACAAGGACAAAGGAGGCUCAAUGGUUCUUCAGAAAAUGAAUUCAAGCAGGGAAACUUAAAUUAUGGACUUCCAUUCUCAGUCCAACCAGUAAGCAUCAUGAAUGUGCCAUACUCAUUUCCUGUGAAUAAGUCUAACUCUGUAGGUGCGCCCAGCACUUCAGGCCAUCCAAUAACAGGCAUGAUUCAGGUGUUGCCUACUUCAAAUGGUGAGCAGCGAACAGGGAACCAAUCUGUGAAUCCUGGAAAUUUGCAAGUUAUGUUUGGCUAUUCCCCAGCCCAGCUUCCGACAUUGGAUAAAGAUAAUUCCUGGGGCUUGAUCUCUCAUAUUCAACAGUUCCCUGCUUCCUAUGCUGGCAGAGCUCUGUCAAAUGCAGAGAAGCAGAAUGAUGGGCUGAAGAUUUCUCAAGCAGCCAUGCAAGCUAUUGCUCGAAAUUUGACUGAGGUUGAACAACAUGAAGGGAGCACAUUGGGACAGGCCAAAGGCGACGGCAAACAACUUAUUGUAGAGGUAGGCUCCUCUUCUCAUACUGAAGAUGAUGUGAAAGGAAGCACCAUGAACCUUAGGCCAAAGGAUGCACCCAAACAAUCAACAGCAGAAACACUCUGUUUUGAUUUUUCAGCCAUAAAGCCAGGUAUUGGCCCAGCCAUGAAAUUUGGGGGAUGUGGUUCGUAUCCAAAUUUGCCAUGGGUAUCUACCACAUUGCCUGGCCCAAAUGGCAGAACGAUUUCUGGUGUUACCUACAAAUACAGUGCAAAUCAAAUCAGGAUUGUUUGUGCCUGUCAUGGUUCCCACAUGUCCCCUGAGGAGUUUGUUCGACAUGCAAGUGAAGAAAAUGCUAAUCCAGGUAAUGGCAACAGGUUAGCAACAUUCCCAGGAACCAAUCCUGCCGCCUCUACUCAGAGCUGAAAUGUACCAUUUUGUCCACCCAGACAAAUGACCCGUAGUGAAGCAUAGUCUGCAGAUGACUCUGUAUACCUUUUGUGACAUCCGCCCAUGUUUUUGCUUUAAUUGAUCACUGAUUUAUUUUCAGCUACAUUGGUUACUGCAAUCAAAUAGUGCGGUUGUAUGAUAUUCAGUGGUCUUCUUUUCUUUGUCCAAACAGUACGUUAAAUUACUUAAAUGUAAAUUUCCCUUCUUUUUGUCUAGGAAAA